GCACGUGGGGCUUAUUGUUUAUAAGGCGAAGGAGGGGUUUGGGGGAAAACCAGGCGAUUUAAGGUAAUGCCGAGACUUUUAUGAGUUGUAAAGAGAGUGGAAAUGGCUCGGGUGGGGGGUUUAAAGUGUGGGUGCCUCCUCCCCGCCCUGUUGGAGCCGGGGAAAUGCGUUUUUAUUCGGAUUGAAGCAAACAACAGAGCUGGGGGAGGGGGGGAUGUCACAAAAAUACAUCCGAAACCGCCGCUUUUUGUCCCUGCUUCAGGAGCAGGGCGGGGGGGGGAGCACCCAUGGGUGCUGCUAUGCCCCCAAAAUGUGGGGUGCGGGUGCUAAAACUACCUCCCGGACCCAAUCUCCCCCAAAUUAAGGAUGCUGGGUGUUGAUCCCGAUGCCCCCCGGGGUGUUCCGGGGCUGGGGGGUUCAGCCUCAGAUUCUCUGAUGGCUGACAGAGGGUUGAGCCACCACAUCCCUUGCAAGAGGGGAAAAAAAAAAGGGUUUUUUUGUCUUUUUCCUGCUGUUUUGUGGCUGGGGUAGGCGGGGGGGGGGGUGUCGUUGAAAAAAAAAAAAUCGCGUUUCCUCAGGAAAUGGAGUGAAAGCUGGGAUUCCAGGAAUUUGGUGUUGCCGAGCCAUAGGGGCUUCAUGGAUCCCCCCAGUGCGAGCGGGGAUUUGUGCCCGGAGCUGCCAAUUUCAGCCAUGUGCGAAGUGCAAAAACAGGUGGAAAAAAGUGAAAGGGGACUGAAAAAAAAUAGGCUCUAAACGCAGAUUUGCCCCGCGAUAAAAUCUUGCAGUUGAGGCUGUUUCCCCGCGCGGUUCACAGGCUCCAGGCGGGCGCCCAGGGGAGAUUUUGGGGCUGGAAACGGAGAUUUUGGGACUACCAAGGAGGGAAAACGCUUUGCUCUUUUAACCAUUUUUCUUCCCCAGGUGGGUAGUGUGGUUAAUUAAGCUGAGGCUGGGAUUUGGGAUCUGGGGAGGGAAUGGGAUCCAAGGAGAGGAUGGAAUUCGUGAUUAACUCUGCAAAGGGAGGUUUGGGAAUGCUGCUGUUGGAAACGGGGCUGAGAACCGGCACUUUCAUUGCAUCUCCUUCUGCCAGGGGAGCCCGAGGCACGGCUGUGCUGGGUUGGGAUCAUCUCAUCCUUUGGGAUUGAUGGCAGCGGGAUGGGGACAUCCAGAGGGGUGCAAACCCCCACCCUGCACUGCUCGGGGGCGAAGGGACAUGACUGGCACCGCUUGGCCCAUCAGUGGUGGGGUCAGGGUGGAUUUUGGGGUGCUCAGCCCCUUGUGGCAGGGCCAGGGUGGAUUUUGGGGUGCCCAGCCCCUCAGUAGUGGGCAGAGGGUUGUUUUCUCCAUCGGGAGGCAGUCCAGCUGGGUGGCAGGGCUGUGCCAGGGGGAAGGAAACGGCGGCAGCACGAUAAGGGCCGGCUGCCAACCCUCGAGGUUUUCCUUGUUUUUCUGCUGGGGGAUGAGAUAAGAGCCGGGCACUGGCACAAGGUAAUGCCCGGGGGCACGGCGCCGGGAGGGAGCCCGUCUGCAGCUGAAAUCCAGGGAGGUGUCGCUUUCGGGUGCUCGCUGGGACCUGGCCGGGUGUUCCACGAUGUCGACCUACAAGCGGGCGACGCUGGACGACGAAGACCCCCUGGACUCCCUUGGUGACGGCGAUGGAUACCCCAACGGCUUCCAGGUGAACUUCCGCGGCUCGCGGGGCGGCCGCGGCUGCUGGGCCGAGCGGACACGCGCCGAGAGGCAGCUGCUGGUGCUGGUGGGGGUGCUGGCAGUGGUGCUGGUGGCAUGUCUGCUGGGACUCAUCUUCCAGUACAGAGCCAGGCCACCCGCCGUGUGCCUGUCGGAGUCCUGCAUCUCCGUCACCAGCUCCAUCCUCAGCUCGCUGGACCGGGCAGUGAAUCCCUGCGAGGACUUUUUCAGCUACGCCUGCGGGGGCUGGAUCAAGGCCAACCCCCUCCCCGAUGGCCACUCGCGCUGGGGCACCUUCAACAACCUCUGGGAGCACAACCAGGCCAUCAUGAAGCACCUGCUGGAAAACACCACGGCCAACGUGUCGAGCGAGGCGGAGCGCAAGGCACAGCGCUAUUACCAGGCCUGCAUGAACGAGAGCAAGAUUGAGGAGCUGCGUGCCACCCCGCUCGUGGAGCUCAUCCAAAAGCUGGGUGGCUGGAACAUCACAGGAACCUGGGCCGGUGGCAACUUCAACGAGACGCUGCGGGAGGUGACGGCGCAUUACCGCACCUCGCCCUUCUUCUCCGUCUACGUCAGCGCCGACUCCAAGAACUCCAACAGCAACGUCAUCCAGGUGGAUCAGUCGGGGCUGGGCCUGCCGUCGCGGGAUUACUACCUGAACAAGACAGAGAAUGAGAAGGUGCUCGCCGGGUACCUGAACUACAUGGUGCAGCUGGGGAUGUUCCUGGGAGGCACCGAUGAGGAGUCGACACGCCAGCAGAUGCAGCAGAUCCUGGACUUUGAGACAGCAUUGGCCAACAUCACCAUCCCCCAGGAGAAGCACCGGGACGAGGAGCUCAUCUACCAUAAAAUGACAGCUGGAGACCUAAAGGAGCUGGCACCGGCCGUGGACUGGAUGCCUUUCCUCUCCACGGUCUUCUACCCCGUGGAGCUCAAUGAGUCGGAGCCCGUCGUGGUCUACGCCAAGGAGUACCUGGAGCAGGUGUCUGACCUCAUCCUGGCCACAGAUAAGUGUCUCCUCAACAACUAUAUGAUCUGGAACCUGGUGCGGAAAACCAGCCCCUUCCUUGACCAGCGCUUCCAAGAUGCCGAGGAAAAAUUCAUGGAAGUGAUGUAUGGGACGAAAAAGACCUGUCUCCCACGCUGGAAGUUUUGCAUCAGUGACACGGACAACAACCUGGGCUUCGCCCUGGGGGCCAUGUUCGUCAAGGCCACCUUUGCUGAGGACAGCAAGCAGGUGGCAGAGGAAAUGAUUGCAGAGAUUAAAACCGCCUUCGAGGAAAGCCUGGAGACCCUGCAGUGGAUGGACGAAGAGACGAGGAAAUCGGCCAAAGAGAAGGCAGAUGCCAUCUACAACAUGAUUGGCUACCCCAAGUUCAUCAUGGACCCCAAGGAGCUGGAUAAAGUCUUUAAUGACUACGAGGCCGUGUCUGACCUCUACUUCGAGAACGUCAUGCAGUUUUACAACUUCUCGGCCAGGGUCACGGCCGACCAGCUCCGGAAGCCACCGAACCGGGACCAGUGGAGCAUGACACCUCCGACAGUCAAUGCGUACUACUCUCCCACCAAGAACGAGAUCGUCUUCCCUGCCGGCAUCCUCCAGGCCCCCUUUUACACCCGUGCAUCCCCCAAGUCCCUGAAUUUUGGUGGGAUCGGCGUGGUGGUGGGCCAUGAGCUGACACAUGCCUUUGAUGACCAAGGCCGGGAAUACGACAAGGACGGCAACCUGCGUCCCUGGUGGAAGAACUCCUCGGUGGAGGCCUUCAAGCGUCAGACAGCGUGCAUGGUGGAGCAGUACAGCAACUACACCGUCAACGGCGAGGCCGUCAAUGGCAAGCACACCCUCGGGGAGAACAUCGCCGACAACGGGGGCCUCAAGGCCGCCUACCGGGCAUAUCAAAACUGGCUGAGAAAGAACGGGGAUGAGGAAACCCUCCCAACCCUCGGCCUCACCAACCACCAGCUCUUCUUUGUUGGCUUCGCGCAGGUGUGGUGUUCGGUUCGCACGCCAGAGAGCUCUCACGAGGGGCUCAUCACCGACCCCCACAGCCCCUCGCGCUUCCGCGUCAUCGGCACCGUCUCCAACUCACGGGAGUUCGCGGAGCACUUCGGCUGCCCCGUGGGCUCCCCCAUGAACCCCCCCAAGAAGUGCGAGGUCUGGUGAAGGGCGAGCGCCCCAGCGGGAGCCAGCGGCCGGUUGUUCCAUCCUCUGCUGGAUUUCCCCUGUCCUGUGAGGGUCAAACCACUUCUCUGCACCAGGGAGAGCCCGGCUCAGCCAGAGCUGCCCCGGUAUUGUCCGAGGUUCGGUCCACUGUGAAAACUCCUCAUCCCCUCGCUCGUUGGUGAAAUGACUUUGGUUUGGGGGGGGUCUCUUCUUUCCCACCACGUCCAUGGGCACUACCCUGAACCACCACCCCAGCAAAAUCCCUCUUUUUUUGGAGGGUAUAAAGGGAACCCCCGGCACGGGCAGGUUUGUCUGCGUGUCUAAGUACAGCCAACGUACCUUCCUCUCUCCAAAGAUGCGCACACAAGGAUGGGAAAUAUUUUAAGAUAUAUUUUUUGGGGGGAGGGGAAAUAUAUAUAUUUUUUUCAUGCGUUGUGGAAUACACUGGAAGAUUUCAGGGAAAAUGCAUUUAAAAGCCGCCUUUUUAGUAAAAGAUUAGUAUAUUUAUUAAUUUUUUUUACUUAGUGCAGCUGUAGAUGCAGCACCCUGUGGUGACAGUCCCUUGGCCAGGGAAGCUGGGUGGGGCCGUGGAUCUAACUUUCCAGCCUUGGAUCCUGCUUCUCCAGGAAGGACUGUCCUCAGAGGAUGCUUAUGGGAAAAUUGGGGACAGCAGGCCCAGGGACAGGGCUGGAGGAUGCUGCAAGUCACAGAGGCUGUGCCAGGAUGCUCCUGGGAUUAGCUUUAAUUUGGGAGUGCAAAGGGAAAAGUUGACAUGCCAAAGAUGUCACCAAGGUGGUGACGGUGUGGAUGAAGCAUCCGGUUCUCCCUCCUGUCCCCUCUGAAGCGAGGCCAGCCAGGAUUUCCUGGCCCAAAAGCUUCCCCAGACAAGUGCAGGCAGUUCCUGCCGCUGCUCCGCUCGCCGCCGUGCCUGCACCCUCUGUGCCCGGGAAUCUGCAAGCCCCCAAAUCACCACAAACCCCAAAACUCCGUCCCUCCAGAGCUGGUUUGGCAGCUGCAUGAGAUCCAACCGGGAUGGGGGUGAGGGGCUGUUCAAGGGAUGUUUUUAAUACUCAUUUUGAGAGGAAAGCACUGACAGGAGCUCAGGUGCUGCGUGUUGUCACCUUCUUGCUCUGGACAGAAAGCACAGAGGGAUUUUUAAUAUUUAUAUGUAAAGGGAGGGAUGGGAGGGGCUGUUUUUUGUAAUUAUUUUUUCACCCUAUGCGUGGGGCUUAUUGUAAUUGAAAUAAUAAAUACUUUUUACUGGA